AGUACGGGACACGGCACAGCAGAGCGUAUUGAACCUGCUAAGUUCGUGAGCACUUAACAGCACAAAAGACAUCCAGGAAAAAAGAGACAUUGUUCACACAAUACUACACAGAAAUUGUGUACGGAUACCGACUAUAUAGCGCAUUUGUCCUUUUAAAAGCGGAGAAGGACAUCCGAGUUCGAAGUGGUUCUUAAUCGCUUAACCGGCGAGAUGAAUCGUUGCACAGCCGCGCUACUUUUGUUGAUCAUUGCCUUGUAUUCUCUUAACACAGAAGCAUAUAAAUGCAGGUGCACGAGGAAGGGCCCAAAGAUUCGGUACAAGGAUGUACAGAAGCUUGAGAUCAAACCAAAACAUCCAUUCUGCCAGGAAAAGAUGAUAUUUGUUACCAUGGAGAAUGUGUCCCGGUUUAAAGGUCAAGAAUACUGCCUUCACCCCCGCCUUCAGAGCACCAAGAAUCUGGUAAAGUGGUUCAGAAUCUGGAAAGACAAGCACAGGGUGUAUGAAGCCUAAACGUUUAUCAUAUGCACAACAACAUCAGAGGUUUAAAAUACCUACAGCAAUGCACAAGAGCAGCUGGGGAGCUGGGAAUCUACCGAGGACCAAUCUUUUUGGUG